GCCUGCGCGGUGCGGGCCGGCCGGGCCCGGGAACCUCCGCUGGGGCCGUCGCCCGGGCCCGUCCGUAUGAGGAGGCAGCCGCCGCCGCCGGGCCCCGCCAGCGCCAUGUCGGAGCGGCCCGGCAAACCCGCCUGCCUCAUCAUCGCCAGCGCGGCCUCCGGGGGUGUGUCUGCCCAAUCCUUUCUUCAUUCUUUUACACUGGCUAGCGCUGCUUUUAAUCUACAAGUUGCCACUCCAGGGGGGAAGUUAAUUGACUUUGUUGAUGUGAAUGAGAGCAACAUGCGUUGGAUACAGGACUUCCGAAUGAAAUCUUAUGCAAAUCCUGCCAAGUUGGAGUCAAUUGAUGGUGCUAGAUACCAUGCCCUGUUGAUUCCUAACUGUCCUGGGGCUUUGACUGACCUUGCAAACAGUGGAUACCUAGCUAGGAUAUUGCAGCACUUCAGCAAUGAGAACAAGCCUAUUUGUGCUGUGGGACAUGGAGUUGCUGCUUUAUGCUGUGCCACAAAUGAGGAUAAAUCGUGGGUAUUUCAGGGAUACAGCCUGACCGGGCCCUCUGUGUAUGAGCUGAUAAGGCAGCCCAGUUUUGCCAGUUUGUCCAUUAUUGUGGAGGACUUUGUGAAAGAUUCUGGAGCUACCUUUAGCGCCAGCAAGCCAGAUGCUGUACACAUAGUUCUGGACAGGCAUCUUGUUACAGGACAGAAUGAGAAUUCCACUGUUAUAGCAGUCCAGAACCUUAUUCUUCUCUGCAAUGGCAGCAGGAAAUGAAGGAGCAGGCCUCCUUGUAGCUGGGAUGGAUGAAGAGCCAGAGAGACUGAAGACUUUCUUGUCUGUGAAUGGGAUGUCUUGCUGAUGGAGAGGGCCAUCAGCACUUCCGUUGACUCUGUGAUCAUGAAGAGGCAGUACCAAUGUACGUGCAGAGUGGAUAAAGCUUGUGAACAAGAAAGCAUUAACGUGUAUCACUCCUUAAAGAUGAUCCUGAAAUAGUCUCACUUAUCUUUCUGGUAGUGAAACCUUUCUUGCAGAUUUUCUCCCCCCUGCCCUUGAAAAAAGAAGUUUCUACAUUUUACAUGGGAAAACAUCCUAAAAAGAGCAUUUAUAUUUAUAGUACCAACACUUGUGCUAAAGGGCAGAGACCCCACUCCAGGGUUAUAUAAUGUCAGCCCUUAGUUGGGAACGUGGUAAUUCAGCUCCAUAGCAAAACAGUUCUGGAAUACUCUCAAUUUAGGUCCAUUCAUUUAUCAGCUGGUGCCUGUGGGUCAGAUAUCAAACUCCACAAUUAAUGCUGCAUUGAAUUGCAGUUUGAAGUCUAUUCUAGCCCCCUGUCCAAUGAGUCACAAAGUUGGCUCCAGACUCUCUAAAUGGAUUUUUGAAAGUGUGACAGAUUUGAGAUAUAAAGGAAAAUGCUUAGAUAAAUCCUGCAUGAGUGCAACUGAACAAUUGAGUCUGAAGCAGCUCACCUUGGUGAUACCAUUGACAUAAUGUGCUCUUUUCUCAUUGUGUAUUCAGGUUAAUGCUCUUCUGUAAAAAAUCUACUCAAAGGUUGUUUUAAAGGACCCUCUAAAAAGUCAUUUGCAGUACUGUCUUGUGCAGCACAUAUUAUGAAUUUGUAUUGUUUGGAUUGUCAGAAAUAUUGAUCUCUGGCAAGUACAGUGUCAUUGUCUGUUCUUGGAAUUAAUUUUAUUACAGAAGUAAAAAUGUAGAAAUGAAUUUACUUGGACCAAAUAGAUUUCAUCCUGUACAUAGUUUCUUAGCAGAUCAAUGACUCAUUCUCUUUGCAUUUCAUAUUGAGUAUGUCAUUUGUUCCUUUCCAUCCAUUUUAAAAAUGAAAGGGGACAGUCAGACCAUGAAGAAGGGUUUUCCCUCCACCUUAGUCCUAACCAUGCGAAAGUGUUUGCUGGAAGAUGGAUGCAUUCAUGGUUGGUUUUUUUUCAUGACUGAAAUUGAGACCACCCUUUUCUGCAGUAUUUUCCAGGGAGCAGGACUCAUAAAGUUUCUCCUGGUUACGUUUUUCCUUAAAGGGAGCAUGAGAUGCUGUAAUCAUAGUCAUCAGGCAGACCAGCCUUGUUUCCUUUUCUGAGGGGAAAUGUUUAUUAGCUCUACUUGCUCAAAACUGCUGUGAGAGUUUAAAUAAUCUGCCAUGGGGUUUCUAGGAUUUCUGGCUGUGUUAUAAACUGAAGCCCUGCUUUCAGAUUUGCACUUACGAUGGAAAUGUUGGUUAAAUCUUCAUCCCUGUCACAGCUCCUGUCAAGGAUUUUCUUUUAGUUCUCUGCUGCCAGAACAUACAUCUCAGCUGCAGUUUUCAGUGGACCAUCCAGUGAAAUGAUAUGGAACAUCUAUUUCAUUAGCAUGUAGAGGCCCAGACUGAGGCCAUGUCUAGACUACAAAAUUAAGCCUACCUUAUUUACAUCAGGAUACAGUCAUUGCGGUAAUUACAUCGCUUGUGCGUGUUUACACUUUGCUACUUAUGUCAGCGGUGCACGUCCUCACCAGGAACGCUUGCACCAGUUGAACUAUCAGUGUGGGGCAGUGUGGAACAGCCAGCAACAGUCAAUGUAAGCAACAGUGUCUGCACACACUGUGUUGACCUAACUAAAUCAACAUUGACUCUACGCCUCUCGUGGAGGUCGAGUUAAGUCAGUGUAACGGGCCAGUUACGUCUGUGGAAGCGAAAUUUUACUGUAGAUGCUUAUAUAGGUCAACGUAAGCUGUUUUGCGUCUACCUAACUCUAAAAUAGACCAGGACUGAGAUUGAGGCCCCAUUGUGCUGGUUGAUGUACUCACACAGAGCAAGAGAUAGGCUCUCCCCAAAGAAUGUACAGUCUAAAUAGA